AUGGUGCACCGGCGGGCAGUGAAGGCCGUCGACGCGGCGCUGCGUGACGUGCGUGAGUCGGAGUUCGGUGAUCUCUUCACCGUUUUCGCGGGCGACUGGCAGCAAAUCCUGCCGGUUGCCAGGGGCGGUGGCAGGUGUCACAUUGUCGACGCGUGUCUCAAGUCGUCUCCCCUGUGGCAGCACGUGACGUGCCUCACGCUGCGCAACAAUAUGCGCGCGCAGCUGCAGGGGGACGCCGAAGCGGUCCUCCUCAUGCGUAAUCUCGACGCACCCAGCUUGAUCAUCGGCACGCUGUGCGUGACGGUCGCAUUGUCCGCCGCCGUCCUGGAGCUGAAAAAUAUCACCGGUCCAGACCGCAGCCACGUGAUCGCUGCGCCGCGGAUUCCGAUCGAGUCUACCCCGGACUCUGGCCUGGUGUUCUCAUUCCGACGCCUGUAG